GUAAUGCUCCAGCUGGACUGAGAACUUCUCCAGUAGCUGCUAAUCGUGCUGAUAGAGCUAUAUUGACAUUAACUAGAGCACGAGCUCUUAACAGAGAUGGUAACAAUCAUGAUGUGAGUACAAGUUUGACGACUGAGGAGAAAUUUCUUUUCAAUGGAAACGGAGCUAUUAAUUGUGUAGACUUUGUUGAAGAUGCUCAGAAAAUCCUUACUGACAUGAGAGCAGCUUCCUUAGGUUCAUUAAAAAGGACUGAACUUUAUAGGCUCAAAUCAAGACAAAAUGCUAAUUCAGUAGCUUAUCAACAAAUAUUAAACAUGGAUAGUAGCAAGAUAAGUGGGGUUAACGGUAAAAGUUUACCUCAAGUAAUUGCCGAGCAAGAAAGAUUAGAAAAAGCAGAAGAUUAUAAAGACCAAAACCAAAACCAAAACCAAGGUCUGACUUCCCAAAUUGUUAAAUAUAAAGGUUUAACUGAACUAACUAAAACUGGGGAUGAAAAGAAAGAUAAAGAAAGUAUUAGCAAACUCGAAGAUGCGAUUACUGAUUACAAAAAUUUUCUAGAGGCUAAGGAAAAAUUAGAAAAACUAAAAACCACUCUAAAAAUAGUGAAAGGCGAAAAAUUACCUGAAGAGAAAAAACCUGAAAAUGGCAAAGAUACUGGUGGACAAACUGGUGGACAAGAUGAAGAAACUAAAAAGCAUAAAUAUAAUGAGAAAAAUCUGAUAAAAAAACUUAUUAACAAAGAUAAAGAACUCGUAGAAAAAUAUCCAGAAAUUGAGAAAAAAGAAAGCCUAGAAGCAAUGUUGCAAGCCUUGGCAUCCAAUACUAAAAACUUGAAUCUUUCUAAUCUGAACUGGUAG